CUCAGCAACUUUACCCAUUCGUGAGAUAUCAACGAAGCUUUGCGGUUGUUCAGCCGGUCUAAGUAACAGAUUUCCUUUGAAUAUCAUUAUUCUCCAAAGACGUAAACAAAAACUAAGUGAAAUUUUGAAAAUAAAAUGGAUACAACAAGUGCACGUCCCCUUUUGGCUAUAUACAAUGAGCCCCCUGCUACUGAGGUUGAGAGUAGUAGCUUUGCUACGAACCUUUUAACCCUUGACAAUCCCGUCUUUUGCUGUUUCUUAUUCUGGGCUAGCAUACUGGUGAUGAAGAUGCUGCUUAUGUCGUUGUUGACAGCACUACAACGGUUUCGACAUAAGAUUCUGGGUCUAUUUCCUAAUAGCUGCUUACGAAAGGUUUUCCCUAAUCAGGAGGAUUUAUUUUUCAAAAAUCUUGAAGUGCAAUUCAAUGACCCCCAUGUGGAACGUGUGCGCCGCGCACACCGCAAUGACAUGGAGAACAUUUUACCCUACUUCACUAUGGCACUUUUGUAUGUUUCCACUAACCCAAAUCCAACUGUUGCGUGCAUCCUUUUCCGCAUUGUGGCAAUCGCUCGAAUAUUGCACACUCUGGUUUACGCCUUUUAUCCGGUACCGCAGCCAUCACGCAUCAUUGCUUUUGGCGUGGCCUUCGCCAUAACAAUGUACAUGGCCUGCGCCGUGGCAUUGGAUAUGUUAUCAAAUAUUUAAGUAUUUUGGAGUGACUUGUUACAGCAGCAGUUUAUACGUACAUACAUAUAAAUAAAAUUGCCUGAUGAUUUGUUUUAAACAA